UUUAAUAAUUCGUUAAUCGCUUAUUACGAUUCAACGUUUGUACGCCAUUGUAAUUGUAAUUUGUCAAAACGCCGUAUUUGCAAACGAGUUUUAUUCGAUUAAAAUCAGUGAAACUGUCGACGAAUUUAACUUUAUUUUCAAAUAUUGCACAAUUCGUGAACAUUUAUCUCCUCAUGCAUAGUUUUCGCGUUAUUAUUUCGUCAUAAAAUAUAAUAAAGUGCGCGAUUAAUGUCGAAAGUGCUGUGAAAAGUGCCGGGGUGAAUUAUAUUCGAUUAAUUAAUGCGUGCGCGGUUGUAAUUAAUCGUGCUUUCGCGAGUGAGUGCCAUUGAAGAAUAGCAAAAAGUGAACAAGAAAAAAGGAGCUGCCUCAGGAAAGCAUCGAAUGAUGACGGAGCAAUUUUACAGUUGGACGUGUGCAUCGUAUCGCGCGAUAAUUACGUCAAAUAUCCGCUUCCAAGUUGUAUAUCUGCAUUUGUGGUGGUCCAAGGGAUAUCUAAAUGCGACGGGAUCAGUUCGCCGAUAUCCUCGAUGGAUUCUAUAAAUUCCUGGCAUACUUCUCCGGAAAGCGGGAGCAACCCCGGGAUCGACCGACCGAACGCCCGAUAUAAUAGCGCGCUCUGCUUACGCGCGAAAAACGAGCCGAAUGAUGUUCAAUUGACAAAGACCGCGCAGCGCUAGGAAUGGCCCCCUUCAAUUCCGUCUUCCUGGGUGUCUGGGGAGUGUUCGUUGUCAUUUUGAUACAAGAAUCGACACCCGUUAGCUGGGAGGAAUGGUGGACGUACGACGGUAUCUCCGGUCCUGCCUUCUGGGGUCUCAUCAACCCGGAAUGGUGGCUUUGUAACAAAGGUCGAAGACAAUCACCGGUCAAUCUCGAGCCUACUCGACUGCUUUUCGACCCGAAUUUACAACCGCUUCAUUUAGACAAGCACAGAAUUAACGGUGUAUUGGCGAACACCGGUCACAGCGUCGUAUUUGCCGUGGAGAACGACACUCGUCAUCCCGUCAACAUUUCCGGCGGUCCGCUCAGUUAUCGUUAUCAAUUUCACGAGAUUCACCUGCACUUUGGCGCGGACGAUCGCAUCGGCAGCGAGCACACCGUUGAUGGACAUGCUUUUCCUGCCGAGCUCCAGAUAUUCGGCUUCAAUUCGCAGCUCUACAAUAACUUCUCGGAUGCCCUGCACAAAGCGCAGGGAAUUGUGGCGGUAUCGCUACUUCUGCAGGUGGGCGACCUCUCGAACCCGGAGCUGAGAACGUUCACGCAGCAGCUGGAUAAAAUCAAAUACGGAGGGCAGGCCAUGGAAAUUAAACGUUUCGGGGUGCGCGAACUUCUGCCGGACACGAAGCAUUACAUGACGUACGACGGCUCCACCACGAUGCCGGCGUGUCACGAGACCACCACAUGGAUCAUCCUGAACAAGCCCAUAUACAUCACCAAGCAGCAGCUUCAUGCUUUGAGGCAAUUGAUGCAAGGAGACGAAAAACAACCAAAUGCUCCGCUUGCAAAUAAUUUUAGACCACCGCAGCCCCUUCAUCAUCGUCCAGUUCGGACAAACAUUGAUUUUAAUGUUCAGGGUCCGAAGAAUUGUCCGACGAUGAACAGGGACAUAUAUUACAAAGCCAAUAGCUGGAAAAAAUACCCAGCACUGCCGUGAGGUCGACAUUCGCAGUAACUACGCUUUUCCCCGGAACGAGCUGAAACUUCGCUGUAAGGAAAAAAUUGACAUAUCAAUUACAGGCGGGUGACGCCGGGUCACAAAAAAAUAAUUACAGCAAAUAGAACGCGCGAGAGAUGAUCGACGGCGCCCACGUCGGCAUUAAAGUCGAGAUUUUAAAAAAAAAAGAUGCUUCGUUGUACUUAUUAGACGUGAAUUGCCAAGUAUGUUUCCAGUUAAACCAGAAGAAAAAAAAACAGAUAUACCUAUAGAUCACAAGUUAGACGAGAUAAGCUAAUCGUAUAAGAUCUAUUAUUAUACAUAUAUCGGUAAAUUAUCGAAAAAAAAGCUAUGACUAUCGUGGCCUGCGCGAAGGAUUGAGAGAUGCAAUUAUAUGUAUAAAAAUUCACGCGCGAUUAAGCGCGCGCUAUCGAGCAAAAGUUUAUACUAUAUUCUUGUAAUAAAAGCUUGAAAACGUAGAACACACGA